AUGGCUAUGCACUACAUUCCCAUCUUCUUCCUCCUGUUCUUGAGUUCAUUCUGCAAACCUGACGACCAGCUCACACAAGCAAAGCCACUCACCGACCGCGACAUCCUCAUCUCCAAGAGCGGGGACUUUGCUCUGGGCUUCUUCUCCCCGACAAGCUCCAACAAGAGUUUUUACCUUGGCAUAUGGUACCACAGCCUCCCCGGGCCACGGACCGUCGUGUGGAUCGCCAACCGAGAUGACCCAAUCAUCAACCCUUCCUCCAUGAUGCUCAAGGUAACUAACAAUUCUCGCAUGGUAUUAUCUGACUCCAAAGGCCGCGUUAUUUGGAUGGCAGCGAGCAAUAUCGUCACUACUGGGGCGGCAGGAGCUUAUGCAGUACUACUCAACUCGGGGAACUUUAUCCUCCGGUCUUCGGACAACCAGGACAUAUGGUCGAGCUUCGAUCAUCCGACCGAUACCCUCCUUCCAAGCAUGAGAUUUUUGGUGAGCUACAAGGCACAAGUCGUCGCACGUCUUGUUGCUUGGAAGGGCCUGGAUGACCCAUCUUCUGGGGACUUCUCAUGGAGGGGGGACCCAAAAUCCCCAGACCUUCAGUUGGUAACGUUGUACAAGUCUAGGGUAUAUUGUCGUAUCCUUGUGUUGGACGGUGUGUCGGUGUCAGGCCGCACAUCUGUAACCAACACUAGCUCCAUCUUGUACCAAACAGUUGUCAAUUCUGGAGACGAGUUCAGUUUCAUGUUCGCCGCCUCCGACAACUCACCGUUCACGCGCCUCAUGCUUGACUACACUGGCAAGAUGAAGAUUCUAGGCUGGGACAAUCACUCCAUGUCAUGGACAGUCAUCAUUGAGCGCCCCAAUAAUGAUUGUGAUCUGUAUGGUUCGUGUGGCCCGUUUGGCUAUUGCGACUUCACUGAGGCCAUUCCAACAUGUCAGUGCUUUGAUGGGUUUGAGCCUGUAGACAAUAGUAACUCUUUUAAAGGAUGUCAAAGAACACAAGCGCUGAACUGCCAGAAGCAAAGUCAUUUCACGUCUUUUCCUGGAAUGAAAGUUCCUGACAUGUUCCUGCAUAUACCGAACAGAAGCUUGGAUGACUGUGCAGCUGAGUGCAUCAACAAUUGCUCGUGUACUGCGUACGCUUAUGCCAGCUUGAGUAGCGGAGGUGCUAUGGCGGACCUGUCAAGGUGCUUGGUUUGGUCAGGGGAGCUUAUUGAUGCUAAGAAGAGAACCGUUGGCGAGAAUCUGUACCUCCGACUUGCCAAUUCUGUCCACAAAAAAACCGGUCCAAUAAAGAUUGUACUCCCCAUUAUAUCAUGUCUGCUACUACUAGCAUGCAUAGUCUUCAGCUGGAUGUACAUAUACAGAGGCAAAAGGGCAAAGAAGAAAAAACAGAAGAAACUGAUGCUAGGAUACAUUAGCACAUCCAACUACCUACAAAGCAAAAAUACAGAUUUUCCGUGUUUCAGCUAUGAAGACAUACUUUCAGGAACAAAGUUUUUUGCGGAUUCCAACUUGCUUGGACGUGGAGGUUUUGGCAAAGUUUACAAGGGCGCACUGGAAGGUGGAAAUGAAGUUGCUGUCAAAAGGCUUAGUAAGAGUUCUGGACAAGGUAUAGUGGAGUUCAAAAAUGAAGUAGUUCUAAUUGCAAAACUGCAGCACAAGAACCUAGUCAGACUUCUCGGCUGCUGCAUUCAUGAAGAUGAGAAGUUAUUGAUCUAUGAGUACUUAGCUAACAAAAGUUUGGAUGCCUUUCUUUUUGAUCAUGCACGAAAACAUGUGCUCGAUUGGUUGACACGGUUCAAAAUAAUUAAAGGAAUAGCUAGAGGCCUUCUUUAUCUCCAUCAAGAUUCAAGAUUAACAAUAAUUCACAGAGAUCUCAAAGCAAGCAACAUUUUGUUGGAUAUGGAAAUGACUCCUAAAAUUUCAGAUUUUGGUAUGGCAAGGAUCUUUGCUGCAAACCAGAAUCAUGCUAACACUACCCGGGUCGUCGGAACAUAUGGUUACAUGUCCCCUGAAUAUGCCAUGGGAGGUACAUUUUCUGUGAAAUCAGACACUUAUAGCUUUGGGGUUCUUCUCUUGGAGAUUGUCAGUGGCUUGAAGAUCAGCUCAGCUCAGCUCAAAAUGGAAUUUUGUAGCCUUAUAUCUUAUGCCUGGAGAUUAUGGAAAGCUGGAAAAGCAACUGAACUGGUGGACUCUUUCAUUGCUGCGAGCUGCCCACUUCAUGAAGUUGUACGAUGCAUUCAUGUGGGACUCUUGUGUGUCCAAGAUCAUCCAAAUGAUAGGCCACUAAUGUCCUCCGUUAUGUUCAUGUUAGAGAAUGAAAGCGCAAUGCUUCCACCUCCAAAGCAUCCUGUAUACUUUGCUCUAGGUAAUCCUGAAGGUGAACAGGCCAGUGAGAGCACGAGUUCCUCGAAUGCAAUGAGCAUCACAAUGCUCAAAGGCCGUUAGUUGGUGUAUAACUUAGUGUGAGUGUACAUCAUAGGCGGAGCUAGUAUGAAUGAGCUGGGUUCACCUAAACUGAAUUACCUUGUAUAUUCUAGUACUAAAUCACUUGUUAGAAUUAUCUUUAUUUGGGUUGACCCAAUAGUUUGACACAGGUGAACCAGUAAAGCAUGUGUUUUGGCUUCGCCCCUGGUGUACAUAGUCGUAUGCUUUAUGAUUUACUCUCUGAACUGAAGUUCUGCUUAGGUGGUUGCAAUAUUUGUGAGCCUAUUGUACAAGAAAAGUUGUGAAUAACAGUGUGGAGCAACCAUUGAGCUAAGGAGGCCGCCUGCCCGGCUACCCUUAUUAUGGUCCUCGACGUCCAACCACAUUGUAUUUUAUUGAUAGAAGAGUUAUAUUACGGAACAUUUUAAUCAUCAUCAAUUCUUGUAACUA